AUGGAGGGAAAGAAAGAGGAAAUCAGAGAGCAUUACAACAGCAUUAGAGAGAGGGGAAGAGAGAGCAGACAAAGAAGCAAGACUAUAAACAUAAGGAACGCCAACAAUUUCAUCAAAGCCUGUCUGAUAAGGCUGUAUACGAAGAGGGGGGAUUCUGUUUUGGACCUCGGGUGUGGUAAGGGAGGAGACUUGCUGAAAUACGAGAGGGCAGGGAUUGGGGAAUACUACGGGGUUGAUAUUGCCGAAGUAUCAAUAAACGAUGCUCGAGUUAGAGCCAGGAACAUGAAGAGGAGAUUUAAGGUGUUUUUUAGGGCGCAGGAUUCAUACGGCCGGCACAUGGACCUUGGGAAAGAGUUUGACGUAAUAUCCUCUCAGUUUAGCUUUCACUACGCGUUCUCUACCAGCGAAUCCCUGGAUAUAGCCCAAAGGAACAUUGCACGCCAUCUAAGGCCUGGAGGAUAUUUCAUCAUGACGGUUCCUUCCCGCGACGUCAUCCUCGAGAGAUACAAACAGGGCAGAAUGUCUAAUGAUUUCUAUAAGAUCGAGCUUGAGAAAAUGGAGGACGUUCCGAUGGAGAGCGUAAGGGAAUAUCGAUUUACUCUACUGGACUCUGUAAACAACUGCAUCGAAUACUUUGUCGACUUUACAAGGAUGGUGGAUGGGUUCAAGAGGCUUGGGCUGUCGUUGGUUGAAAGAAAGGGAUUUAUUGAUUUCUAUGAAGACGAAGGCAGAAGAAAUCCGGAGCUGUCGAAGAAGAUGGGGCUCGGGUGCUUGACAAGAGAGGAGUCGGAGGUUGUCGGGAUCUAUGAGGUUGUGGUCUUUAGGAAGCUAGUACCAGAGUCAGACGCUUAA